AUGUCAUCGCCCAAUAUCUAUUAUAGUCUCGCUGACCGGUCUUCACCUGCGACAUCCUCCUAUUCCACCUCAUGGUCACCUGCAGUUCGGACCUUUGGUUGCUUGGUCCUCCCCUUCGUGGGACCCCUUAUUGAGGACCGAAUCCGUGUCCUCAAUGAGGAGGCUAGCAAGGUGGACGACCUCGAGACGCGGGUCGCCCUGGCUGAGGUCGAGGUGUUUAAUGCCAAAGAGGCUACCGCUGCACGUGCUGAGGAGGCAUCUCGUGCCCGGGUUGAACUGGAUGCCGAAAGGAAAGCCUGGGCCGAGGAGAAACGGGCUCUCGAGGAGAAGUCCGCUCUCGAAAAGUCCAAGAUUUUCGGGAAGUGCGUCGUGGAUUUGGCCCGACUGACUGCGCGUGUGAACGAGUUGCACGCUCAAGUCGACGCCCCCAACUCCGAGGUCGUGCAGGAGUUCAAGCGAGGCAUCUCGAGGGCACGACCCGAAAUUCUGUUAAACAACGCCCGGCUGAUCUUCGGCCUCGACCUCAGGCCCUACCUCAGUCGAGUCACUGUCCCUUGCCACAUCAUCCAGAGCUUCAAGGACAUGUUGGUGCCCGUGGCGGUGGCGGAAUAUAUCCACAGCCACUUGGGUGGGAAGUCGGUGGUGGAGGUGAUGCCGACGGAGGGCCACUUGCCGCAUCUCAGCUCGCCGGAGCUCACCAAUGUGGUGCUGCUCCGCCACAUACGACGGGACAUUGUGGACGAGUGA